UUGCUGCAUUCUAUCAUUGAUGAUGGAUCGCGUAAACGCCAAGUUCCCUCUGAGGUUACAUAUGUAGGAACACGUACCAACAGUACACACAUGUGCAGCUGGAAAGGACUGAAGCAACCUUUCCAAGUAUGUAAAGUCGAACAAUUCAAACUAAACUGGUUCUUUUUUUUCUGCAAAAAUAGCACUCUCAGAUUUGUUCUUCUUAUGGAUGAAACGUGGAGUCUAGAAGGUGCAUUAUUUCGACCUCGAGCGCGUCAUAGUGUCGUCUCUUGCGUCGUAUAUGGUUUGUUUGCAGAGUGA